ACACACGAGCUGUAACGAUAGUUUCGAGUUGCAGUGCUACCGAGAAAAACAGAGGGGGUACGAGGUGGCUACACAGUCAUACUGCAACAUAAUUUUAUUUCCUCAUUAGGUAUAAAGUAUUUAAAUAAAAACCAACUCACUAGCGAAGAAUCUGUGUACUAGUGAUUAAUUAGUAUCUACUUUCAUUCGUUUGAGAACCUGUUAAGCAUUUAAUUCAGUAAAGAGUUAUUCAGUUUCAGAGUUAUGUCUGAAUUGACAAAAUUAAAUAAAAAACUGUCACUGAGCCCUACAUUGACACUUCUUUCUAAUAGUACUAAACAACAAACUUACAGAAAGUACACCAAUUUCUACUAAAGCAAGAUGUGGGAGAUAUUUAUAUCCAUACCUCAUUCUGUUUCCUUAAUGCCUUAAUUAUAGUUUAUUAAUUAGGGCUGGGUAAGCCUUGGCCUUGACCAAUUGGUAGUUAGUAGUUUUAAUUGCCUAUAAAUUAAAGUUAAGUAUGCAUAUGGAGUUUUGCUUUUAAUAGUAACAAUACUGAUAACCAAUAGUGAGCUAUUUUAAAUAAACAAUCCAUGCUUCACGAGUCUUGACAAUCUAUAGACAGUCAUAGUCUAUAGCAUCUUUUUCUGCACAUCUUACAUCCUAGAUGACUCUACUUUGACUUAGUAUUAGUUAUUAGUGUACUAUUAUGAUAAUUAUUUAUGUAUGUAUUGUAUGUAGGCCUACAUUGUUUUGCUAGUGCCUUAAACUUAAAACUAAAUGAGUUGUAAUUACUUCAGUUACAAUGGCUAGAACACCUUCAGUCUACAGGCAUAGAGAGUAGAUUUCUAAAGUGACUAAAGGCCCUAAGUCAAGCCCUUCCAUUUAAAAAAAAAAUUAUGUUAAAUAACUUAAUCUUUGUCACUAUUGAAUAACAGGAUGAUAAAUAAUAAAGAAAAAUGUGUAUGCCUAAGAAAUAAAAAUAAUAGGGCUAAUAAUUAGUAUUUUAACAUAUGACAAUGACAUGUAGAAAUAAAUAUAAUUUAAUAAUUUAAAUAAACCGUGACUUAGUGAGUCUGUCUGUGACUUAACAAUAAUGUUAUUAAACAAAAUUAAAAGAUUUCAGUUCUUUGUCAUAUGCAGCAAGAUGAAUAGCAAUAAUAGCUAAAUAAUUAAUGCUAUGUAAAUUUAACAUAAUAGAUUAAGUGAUAAAUUUUAAAAAAUAUCAAUUUUCUCAAUUUUUCAUAUUACUAUUAUAUUUUUGAAUAUGGCCAAUGAAAUUUGGAUUUCAAGGACUAGGGCCUUGUUCCAGAGAAUUGCAAGCAAUAUUUUAAAUUACUUAAAAAAUGACAAACUGUCAAUAAAUAGCUUAAGUUCUGCUUAUAGUUGUUUUCAAAUAAUUUAUGACAAUUUAAAUAUUGCAUGACUAUGUGAUAGCUUAACUAUUUCUGUAAAUAUCAAAUUUGAAUCUUGCAUUAAUAUAUACAUGUCACUUAAAAGUAGGCAUUUAUAAAGGUCAUUAGACUCUGUUUUCAUUCUUUUGAAUCCUAUAGUACCCUUGAUAUUAACUAUAUGUAGUAAUGGGAUGUUGUGUAUCAUAAGUGAUGAGAUGUGGGUAAUUAUGAAGGAUUUGUGAAAUGUUUUUUGAUUGAAGUGUUCCUGAGAUUGUGUGGGGUGGAAGAAACUCUUUUUAGGUCGUGGCAAAUGCCUUGAUCUGGAGAUCCGCAUUCAUGUUUUUCCUUAUAUGAGCUCUUUAAAAAAUUGUAAUCAUUAUUUUGCUCUGCGGCUAGGGCUGUUAAAUGUAAGUUUUUUUGGUGCACAUAAAAUGAAUGUCUUUCUCCUCUGCUUUGCUCAUUGCCUGAGAAAACUGUGUUGUUAAUUUACUUGACGUUUGAAUGUUGUGAAACUCAUUUUUAAAUAAUCAUCCCUAGAUCAAGUUGGACUACCUUUUUCCAAAAUAGUCUCAGUUGUGAAUGAAACGUACAAUUCGCCACACUAUAUGUAUAUAUAAAUCAUAAAAUACUACUAUAAAAUUAAAUGAAGAAAUAAGAUAUUUAAUCGUAUUUUAACCGUCCAAAGCAUGCCUCAGCCUUUAAGUUUAGGGAAAUAAUUCUGUGUUAGAGUGGGACUAAUAUUUAGUAAAGUAAUUUUCAGUUAUUAUUUUCUUAGUACUGGUAGAGUAAAAGGCUGUGGUAAUCAUUCUGAUUAUAAUAAAAAUUUUGCUGACCUUACCACAUGGCAGUGCUGGCAUUAGGACAUCAUCCUCAAUAUUAAUCAAGAUUCAAAUUGACUCUGGAAAAAGAAUCCACUUAUUUUACAGUAGUUGUUUAGCAUUCACCACAUAAUCCAUUAUCCAGAAAAAAUGGAAAAAAUAGCCAUUUUCUGCAUUAAAUUGAUUAUUUAAAUAUAAACAUAUUUUAAUCACUAAACCUCUCUGAAAUUUUUUUCCAGAUGUAAAUUGUGUUUUCUUAUGAAAUGGAAGAUAACGAAGAUCCAUUAGGGAAAAUCUCACGACAGUUAUCAGAACUAGCUUCUGUACCAGGUCAUGGGAAUGAACCCCAAAGGGACAGUGUGCAGUGGACACCAUUUAGUGGAAUAUCUCCACAACCUGGCAGUGUUCCCUUUAGAAACCUAUAUACAUGGAACCCAAUGGAUUUACCAGAUUUUGAGCCCCUCUCUCCACCUGAAGUUUCUUCUCCAGUUGAACCCAAUCGCCCUUUUCAUUCAGGAUCACCUGGUCCUAUACGGCAUGACAGUUUUAUCAAUAAAAAUCAGUUUGACUGGAUUAGUGAUGCUAGAAACCAAGGGUAUCCAGUGAUAACUGAUGGAUCAGGAGGUAGUCCUAGUUUCAGUCCCCAAAGAUAUACAUAUUUGGGCCAGAGUAACCUCCCAUCCUUAGAGCAGGUUUUCCAGUAUGAUUCAAUUGGUGCAAGCCCCAAUGUCAGACUGCCUCGACAGCUGUCUCAUCCCUCAUCACCUGCUCAGUAUAUAGGCAGUGACAGAUCAGGGAGAUUCUUAGAAUCCAGUCCUUCCAGUAUGAACAUUCUUCCACACAACUUGCUUUCUGAGAAUGUGCUUCCUGAAGUGCUAAGCCAUAACUCUGAUCAAGAAGAGAGGAACUUUGGGAUGCCUCAGAAAAGAAUGUCAUCCCCUUUAUUUGAUCCUAGCACUCCACCUCCUAUAUUUCCAGUGCAAAGGCACCAUAUAGAAAAAUCGGCUAGUCUUUCACAUGUGGCACCCAAUGAAGGGAUUGUAGAUCAUUUAAGGCUAAAUUCAACACCAAAUAUCAGUCUAGAUUUUGGCUUAAAAAUUGGCAGAGAUAGUCACUACUCUAACAUAGAAAACAUAACUCCUGAACGAGAAGAUGAAACCAUUCAUGAUUUAGCCAGAACAAAGUGGAAUUCAUUUGAUUCCACCAUUAUUCCUAACCUAGACAAUAUUAAUAAAAAUUUGUCUCAUUCACAAAGUUCAGAGCCUCAAUCUGAAGCUGCAGUGCAAGACUGCUCAAAGCCAUCUUAUUCAGACAUUGCUAAAACCCCUAAAUUUGGGAAGCCUGAGCAGGCUACUGUUGACUCAAGUAAGGGUCAGGCCUCAAAACAAGUGCGAAAAGAUGGAAAACCUGUAGGCCCUGCUGUUAAGAGAACUUCAUCAGGCUCCAAAUUUUGGCCGAAAAGUCCACCUCCUCCUGGAGAUGCAGAGCAUCCAAAAGUGGUGUCAAACUCACGUUAUGGUCUGGACAACUUUGAUGAUCAUCUACUAUCUCCAGGAAGCAAUAGCAGCAGUUCAGAGAGUCUGGCUCAAGUGCCUCGAAGCAGACGGGGAAGUGGAAGCAGUGCUGGCAGUUCAACUUGUGCCCUUGAUGACCAUCCACCUAGUCCCAACAGUCAUGCAUCUUUUUCUGAGACGGAAGUUCUAUGCCAAGGGCAGAAACUGACAGUGGGUGCAAAAGGGAAAAAAGACCAAGGCCCAUCGGAAAAUUUAUUUUUUGACCCCCGCAGAAUCUUUCAGACAAAGCCUACCAAGUCUAAAGCUCAGCCCCAGAGUAAAACAAAAGAUACUCAGAAUGAGACUGGGAAAUCUUUAAACGAGACUAUCCUCAAUAAUGGUAAACCAACAGCCAGCAAUACUUCCCUUAAGCUCCCAUCUAGUGCACGCCAGCAUGAUUACAUCAAUAAUGACCUGCGAGAUGCCAGUAAAUUGACCAAUCAGAUAUCAGCAGAAAGUUGUCAAGGCAAUACUGGAAAGCCGGAGGACAUGAUCAAACAGAAAGAGUCCCGCCCGGCCAAGAGAUCCAGCGGAGGAAGGGUAAUAAUAAUAAAUUAUUAUGAAGAAUUUCAGAAUAUUUUUUAUCACAUGAGAUUGUUAAAGUAACAGUGUCACAUAUGCGUCAGGGAAUCAUGUCCUGCAUAUUUAAAAAUAUCAUGCAAGACAACCCAACAUAAUGACUCAUAAUAACUUGUCAUUGACAUUACACAAAAAUGGUGAAGGGCCAUGUUGACAGUGUAGAAUGGUGUCAAUCGUUUAUAUUAAAUUUCUCCUUUAAAGUUCAUGAAUAGGUAGCAUUAGUUUCUGUUAUGAAUUCUAAUUUAUGUCUUCUUUUUUAAUAAUGCUCAUGUUGUAGUUUUGUAUGCACAAUGCAUUUUCACUGGGCACAGACUUUGAUAAAUUAUGAAUACUUUCUAGUAAUUUAAUAAUUUUAAAUUAGCUUACCUCUUGAUAAUGCAAGUUAGAUAGAUUAUCCGUCAUCAAAUAAAUUUCAAUUAUGAUUCAAUUAUGCAAAAUGAAAAUUAUAAAACAAGUGAUAAAGUACUAUAUUUAUUUAUUUUUUUAGACAAAUGGGGUAUAUCGCAGAGAGCGGCGUAAAAGUCCAGAUAAUGGGCAUAUAGAAUCUGAGGAUCUACAUGAUGAUACUCACCAUCAGCAAGGAAGAGCAAGUCUUUUAACAGAACAUUUUGACAAAGAGAAAAUAGGUGUUCAAUUAUGUUUUCUUACAUAUUUAUACAUUUAGUUAAGUUUACCCGAUGCUUAUAACAGGGGCAAGUCAGUGUUAAGUUUUAAAAAAGUAUCAAGUAAAAUAUCCAAAACAAUAUUUUGAGAAAUUGAUGAACGCUUCAAUACAUUGCCAAACAUUUUACCUAGAUUUUGGAGACUUCUCUAUUUUUAUAAAAAUUUCAGUUUAAUGUAGUCUUUUAUUUUUUCCAUGGUAGCUUUGCAUAAUUUAAAGUUUAUUUUGUUUGCUUGUACCACUGGAUAAGACAUGGCAGAUAGUGUUUUUGAAAUCUUUGACAAGUUUAUUUUCAUAGCUAGUAAAUCUAAUACUCCGGAUAAAUUGUAACUGAGACAUUUUUCUGUGUGCAGAGGAAUGGUGCAGUCAAGCCUGGGAAAAAGCUAGCCACUGGGGAAACAUCUGCAUCACAUCCUUGUUGAACAGUCUCAUAUAUCUGCUGGGUAUAAUCUUGUAUAUGUAAGUCAUACUGUUGUAGGGGCUUAACCCAAGUUCAUAAUAAUGUAAUGAUGAAAACACAACUAUUGAAGCAAGAUGUCUUUGAUGAGCUUGGAUUUCACUCAGAUAAUUAUCUCUCUUCACUAAUUUUAUACAGUCUGUGUGCAGCCAGUCUGCCAGUGUAUGAUACACUCUAGAAAAUUACAUAUAAAUCGUUAGCACAAGCUUUUGGAAGAAAAAAAGGGAAUAAGUGCAUUAUUUUCAUAUUUUGUCCUUUAACCGUUUAUGAAAACAAGAGCAGACCUUUUCAUCUUGUCUUUAAGUAAAUUUUAAUGUAAUGCUAAAUACAGAAAUUCAUUUUUUAAUAAAGAAUUUUGAUCAAACUUUUUUCCAAGAGUUUUCAUCCCUUAAUUCUGUCACAUUUUUUACCUCAAACAGCACCUCUGCAGGGGUCAGCCUCUUUAUGUUGCUACUGGUAAAAGCUUGGGCCUGGAUAAAAAUAAAGCUUUUUAAAGGACAGUCUGACCAAAAGGAAGGAAACAACUGGAAUGCUAGAGAUCACUUAAGACGUAGGGUGGGGCUGGAGGAAAAUAUUAAUUUACCAUCAACAGGUAAGAUUAUUAUUUUUUUUUAUAAUGAAAAUGUGUAAUUCUUCAUUUGAAUUGCAGUAUUAUAGUGAGAGAUUAAUGUAUUUUAAAAAAAAUGAAUGUUGUGUAUGGAAUGCUUCUUCCAUAAGGAGGUUUAGUCAUUUAGUAAAUAAAAAACAAAUUCUAUGUCCUAUAGGAGUUGCUUGAUCAGAUUUCAAAUAUAAUUAUAAUAGUGGUGAUCUGUCUAUUUAUAGGAAAUUCUCAACUCUAUUAGGCAUUUAAAUGUAAUUUUUGGCUCUUGCCAUUCGUUUUGAUUUUGCAACUCUCUACUAAGAUUUCAAAAUUAGCUGUAAUUAAUCACAUUUCCAUGAAUAGACAUGCAAUUUUGUAUAGAAAUAGUCCGCCCAUUUGUCUAUAUCAAUUAAGAAUUAUUGCGUUGGUCAGGACCACAACAUUUAUGAAAUCACAACAUCAAUUUGCUAACUAGAAGACACCAAAAUGUUAUUAUGGUUAAGAAACUACCUCUUCAAAUUCUGAUAUUAGGUUUAUUAAAAUAAUGUUUAAAAUUGGGGGAAUUAUUUGAUUUGAACUCCAAUGUGAUUCAAAAUAAUGAAUUUGAUUACUAUUCUUAAUUCCAGUUAUCGCUUAACAUCCUUAGUUUUAAGAUGGCGGCAGCAUGGGAUUUGAAUUGGGAAGAGUCACAGUUUUGUUCUUAUAUAUUUUAACCCAAACUUUGCACCUUUGUUACCAAACUUCCAUGUUCAUAAUGCCAUCAUGCUUGUUGGAUUUAUUUGCCUAAAGAGUUAUGAGAAUUACCACUAUUCUGGAUUUACCAAGAAAUUAUUUUGGUCAAAUGCCAUGUUCAAUAGUCAUUGACAAUAUCUCUGUCUUAGGUGAAGAAGCUAUGAAACGUUUGCUAGCGUGUAAAGGAAAAGACCCAUACAGGUAAUGCUAUUUAAUUAUGUCUUAAAGAGACCUAUGGCUCAACCUGUCAGUUGAAAGGGCCAUGAGCUUUAACUAUGCCCUAACUUUGGUAAACUGUCCCUAACUUUGGUAAACUGUACCUAAAUUUGGUAAACUACCCCUAACUUUGGGAAAUGACCCCUAGAUUUGCAUUAAGGAGUCCAUUCCCAAUCCCCUUGUUACCUUUAUGGAAAACUCAUCAACUCACUCUUUAUGAAAUAUGUUUCCUAAGGUCCUGUACCAUGAAGAAGCCCUUGAAUUACAUGAACUAUCUAAUAAUUAUCACAUGCAAUAUUUCAUUGAGUUAAUGUCUGCCAACAAAUGGGAAGAAGUAACAAGGCAUGAAAUAUGGUGGAAUAGCAGUAAUGAAUUUGAAAUAACAGAUGAUGUUUCUCUUAAGAUGCACCUACUUCACAUAUUAAUACAGAGAUGUGACAUCACAGAGGCAUUGCUACUUUUUUCUAACUUUUCUUUAUUUUACUGUCAUAGCAGCUAUAUAAGGAAAUGAAUGAAACAAAGUAUGGGAAACAUGGGAAAAAAAGAAUAAGAACCAACUAAAUGUAGGGAUGCACACAAAAAAAAAAUUAUUUUCCUUUUUUAUAUUUUGAUGGUGUGGUCACAUCUCAGUUUGUUUGAUUAAUUGUUAUCUUUUUCUUCAUUUUACAGUAUACUUGGGUUACGGGCUGAUGCUACUGAUGAGGAUAUAAAAAAAUACUAUAGAAAGCAAGCAGUGCUGGUCCACCCUGAUAAGGUACGAUACUUUAUAGGUGUGCUAUAAUAGAUUAAUUUUGGUACAAUAUUAUGUGACAUUGUCAUUUGCCAUGAUAAUCUCCUCUUUAAUUUAUAACCUUAAGUUGUUUACCUGUUUAAGUAGAAAUUGUUUUAAAAACAUGAUUUAUCUGUAAUAUUCUUUCGUAUCCUGACCUCAUUAUGAUAGAUUUAUUCACAUAUUACCAUUUUAUAAUAAUCAUGCUCUGAUAAAUUAUCCUUGGCUGUUAAGGAUGAAUUAAAAAGCAUAAAGAUUUUUAAAAAAUCAUUGAUUUUAGUCAUUUUGACUUGAAAUGUUUUAAAGCCAUGAGUUAGAUUAACAGUGUAUUUUAAUGACAUUUUUUUUUAAAUUCUUUUUUCAGAACCAAGAACCUGGUGCAGAAGAAGCAUUCAAGAUUUUAGGUCAUGCGUUUGAGAUGAUAGGGGAUGCUGUGAGUUGUAUGAAAUAGAACUUUAAAAUAAUGUUUAUUAGUAUUCUUCCACAACUUCUGAAUGCAACAUUGCAGUGCAUUAGAAAGAAGAACAAGAAAAAAGAGGAUAUAAUUGGUUUUCGGUUCUGUGGGAUAUUGUCUACAUUAUCUCGGAGCCCAUAUCUGUGCCCUUCAUCAUGCUCAUGUGUUGUGUUUGACACAUCCUGAAAUUUUCUUUUCAAAGCUAUAAUUUUGUUGUUUUUUUUUCCAAUUUUUGUAGUCAAAAAGAAAACAGUAUGAUAGUCACACUCAGGAGACAAAUGAAGCAGAAGCAAUGGUACGUCAAACAUAUAUUUUAUAACUGAUCUACAUAAAAAGUCUGCUCAUUCUAAUCAGUUCCUGGUAAAACAAAACAUUGUGCGGAAGUUACUUAACCCUUUACAACCCCUAAUAGAUUUCUACACGUGCAGUGACUUAAAGUAUUGAUGUUAAUUUUGAGAUAGCUUUAUUUGUUGAAGACCAGCAGACACCAAACAUAGGGUUUGCUUUAGGGUAGUUUCCGCUGUAUAAUUAUUCUGAUUUAAUAUUGUUAUUUAUAAUGCAGACUAUAAAAGGUAAAUAUAAUAUAUUUUUAUGGCUAUUUAAAUUGUGGUUAUUUUAUUUAAUAAAAAAUAUUAUUUAACGAUGGAACACCGUGUUAAGUCCCCUUGCUUGGUUGAGGAGAAGAGUCUUUACAGUGUAAAGUGGUUUUUUUAAAAAAAUAUUUCAACCAUGUGGGGUUUUUUCUUAUAAUGUUGAAGCCUUAGAAAGAAACGAAUGCAUGCAUGCAAAAUAAUUUCUAAACUGUAUAUUAUUGUUCUUUCUUCAGAGAGAAUUUGCUGAGAUGUUGUCAAAGCUACAGACUAAGAUUCAAGAGGUAGUUUUAAACAUAAUUUGACUUCUUUGUUGAUUAAGCAUAAAUCCUUAACUUGUGCUUUUUGUUAAUUCUAUAUUUUGGGUUGUAAUUAAAAUAAUUGAGCAAUAAUCCAAUUACUUUUAUAAGUAAGUGUUUUUAUGUGUUCAUUCUUUAGGCUGCCAACAUUAUGCGCUGUGAUAAUUGUACAGGCAAACAUCAACGAUUUCCUGUGGAUCGACCUUUCUAUAGUGCCAGAUUUUGCCAGAGAUGUAACAUCUUUCAUGCUGCUAAAGAGGUAGAUUAUAAUUGUGAUGUAAUAUCUUUCCUGCUGCUACAGAAGUAGAUUAUAACUGUGAUGUAACAUCUUUUAUGCUGCUAAAGAGGUAUAUUAUAAUUGUGAUGUAACAUCUUUCAUGCUGCUAAAGAGGUGGAUUAUAAUUGUAUUAAUUUUGUUCUUUAAUCUGUAGUUUGCAGCUGUCUGGCAAGAUGGAUUUGUAAAGAUUUCUUUUAAUGGGGCAGUUUAAAAUGAUUUAAUUAAACCAACAAUCAUCUGCCCUAUCUUGACUUUAUUUUAAAACUGAAACUGUUACCUGAGCAUCCCCAGACUUACAUUUGAAAAAAUAAUUCUGCUAAUGUAUUUUUUAAUUUUUUUUUCAAAGGGUGAUGUAUGGGCAGAGUCUACAAUGUUAGGUUUUCGCUGGCACUACUUUGCCUUGAUGGAAAGUCAGGUCUUUGAUAUUACUGAGUGGAUGGCUUGUCAUGUAAGUUCAAUCUAAACUUGUGCAACCAUUGGGCAAUCCCAUUUAGAAAGUUUCACCAGAAUCAAUUAAUAAGAUACGGUACAUUAACAGCCCAGGCUACAUAUUCUGAAUUUCUGUAAAAAUUAAAUGAUUAUCUUCUGAUGCCAUUAGCAUCUUUUUUUUAAAAAGCAUUUCACUCUAGUUAGCCAAGUUGCUAGUGUUGGAGAUUUAGAAGAAAGUGUUAAAAAAAAAAAUUAUUGUAAAUUACAAAAUUUAAAUGUUUAUUCAUUUGACAAUGAUGCCAACUGAACAUGAUUUGAUAUCUGCAGAAAGAGUAUUUUAAGAACAUGAAGGCUAAUGCACAUGCCGUCAUGUACAGAAUAGCCACCGAUGGUAGCAAGAGAAGCAAGCGCCAACAGUCUGGGUACUUUCUGUUUUUCUAUAUUAUCAGUUUUCUCAAUAUAUAAUUUAAGCGUGUUUAAAUGUGCCAGUGAGAUCAAGCAAUAUCCUUCAAAUUAUUAUUUUUCUGGAAAGUCUGCCCAUAAAUUACAUUUUUCUCUUUAAAUUUAAAUUAAAAAUGGUUUCAUCGAGGAAAAAAAAAAGAUGAUUGACCAUCUUAAGUAUUCAUAGAAUCUAGUUUAAUAUUUCUUUGUAAAUUCCAGAAUUAAAAAAUUUAGUAGACUUUAGUUUUUCUUAUAAUCUCUCAUGUUGUUACCUCUUACUCUCUAGUGAGCCAAGCUUGGAAGAUUUCAUCAAUAGAUUAUUUAAUAAAUCAGCGUCAGCUGCUGGUGACAGCCACAGUUCAUCAUGGGCACCACCCCACUCUGGAGGAGAUGAUUCAAACUGGACGCAUGGGGGUGCAGGCUCAGCUGCUGCAGCGGCCGCCGCCGCAGCCAAGCAAAAAGGAAGACGCAAUAAAAAAAAGCGCCAUUAGUAAAUUAGGUGAUAUGUAUUAUUACUGUGCUUUAAAAAAUUUCAGGCUCUCCCCUUUUUGAGGGGGAAAACUGUGUGACAAAAGGAGACUGCUAUAAAAAUCAAGGCGUUAAAUUUAUAUCGACGGUGGUGUGAAUAGCUUAACCUCUAUCAUCAAUUAUAUUUUGAGCUAAUAAUCCCACUGUUUGUUAGUAAUAAUAUGGAGCACAAAUCUUGUAAAUUUACUGAAAUGUACAAAAAAGGAGGAAUUUCAUGUUUAAAACUUGUUUUCUUGAAGCAAAUUUUUUUAAUUAUAUUGGUUCUGUUACUCUUGGAAGGAAGAUUAGUAUGAUUAAAAAAAAAUAUUUAAAAAAAAAAUCUUAUUUUAUUUGUAAAGAAUCCUGUAUAUUAUUUCUUCUAUCUUUUCAAAUAAGCUCCAAAAAAUGUUUGGCUUGUGUACAGGGGAAAUUAUUCUUUAAAUACAUUUGUAACAGUUUAUAAUGCAAAUAUGUUUUUAUUAGAAUAAAAAAUGAACUUCAUUAAAAAGAGAAAAGCAUGGGUUGUAUAGAUAGAACGAAAUAGGUCACUGAGGUUUGCAACUCCUUAUUUAAUCUUGUAGAGGAAUACCUCAGUGUGUGUACACUUCAAAUAAGAAAACCAGAGAUUUAUCAGUUAAGUCUGCCUUUAAAGGUAACACAGUUCUUUUACUUUGCCUUUGUCUCAUGCUUGAUAUUCAAGUGUCUAUAAUGGGUCUUGAUGAGAGGCCCAACCAUAUUUUCAUUUACAAGUUUCAUAAUCUGAACAUCAGAAAAAAAAACUCUCUAUACUUGUUAUAAAAAUUAAUUAAUUAACCAUUCAUUUUAAAAUCGAUGAAGAAGAAAAAGGUAGACUUCCUAUAGAAUAUAGAAACUGUUGAUAUGAAUAAUUACACAUUAUGUAUAAUAAAGUUAAAUUAAGUUUUUUUAAUUAAUUUGUUGUCAUUAAUUGCCAAUGACCAAGAAUUACUAGGUUUUUUUUUUAGAUACUAUCAAACUGGGGGUUUAGUUAGUACAACUUAAAAAUAAAAGCGUACACAUUUUGUGGUUGUAAGGGAAAGAUAUGAUUAUGAGCCAUUUUCUUACACCAGUUGGCAGAAGUAAGCAAGAUAUGUUUCAAAAUAAAUGACUUUGGUGUUUUGGUUAAGGUGGAGGGUACAUCUUGGAUUAGGAAUUCAAUCAUUCAUCAAUUAAAUCAUUGUUCUAUUUAGUAAUAAAGCCUGAAAUCAUUUGUGGGUGAUGGUAUGAAGAUGGCAUAAGAGUUUUACAGGGUUUGUUACAUCAUUGCCAGUAGAAGUUGAUUAUUUUUUUGUUGUUGUAAUUCAGUCUAGGCCAUUGAUAUGAAUUAAAUUUGACUCUCAAAAACACAAGUGUUGACACUGAAAUUGCAGUGAGAAUGUGUUUGAUCAUGUUAUUCAUUGGCUGUAGACUAAUCUAACUUCAUGGGUUUUGGCUGGCAUAGGUUGUUUCUUUUUUUUAAGGGAAAAAAAAAUGAAGAGCACUUUAUUAAUUUUUAAUGAUUCUAUAAAAAGGACCAAGAGUUGAGUAACAGCUCAGCUGAUUUGAUAUCUGGUCCCAAACUCCCCCCCCCCUCCCCUUUUUAAAAUGUGUUUAAAAUUCUGAAUGCUUAUAAAUGGGUCACAUCUCAUGCCCAAGCUUGAAAUGGAUUUCUCUACUAUAUUUAAUGUGCAGAGGUAGUAUCUUCUAAAUCUGUCUGUGUGAGGACAAGUGAGAUAAUUUAGCAUAUUAUUCCGAUCAGGUUGUAGUCAGGAAUGGUUUUCAUCACCAACCACCCCUAAAAGAAAAAGAAGCAACCACCCACUUAGGUUUAGGUUACAUUUCAGAUCAAUGAAAACCCAAUUUUCAAUGUAAACCAGUAGAGUUAAAAUUCGUUUAAGACCAAAGAAAAGUUUUUUUUUUUUUUAAUUUCUGUUACUUUUAAUACUAAGUUUGUGUGGG